AUGGCCGAGCAGUACGAUGUGAUCAUUGUCGGGGCUGGUGUUGCUGGGGUUUCUGCUGCCUACCAUUUGGUUCAAGCUGGAGUCAAAAAUGGGAGAAUCCCUAAGAUUCUGGUGAUAGAUGGAGGUCCUUCCGCAGGAGAAGGAUGGGGUUCUCGAAAAAGUGGUACCGCGACUAUGAACAACUAUCCCAUUUCGAAGAUCAAAAUGAUGACUCAAUUAUAUGCCGUCCCAACUGUAGAGGACUUUGCGAAACACCACGGGGUCGAGGGAGUGAGGCGAUACCUCACCGCUACUCAAGGAGACAUUCGGAUUCAAAAGGCUUUAGCGAAAAAACUUCAGACAGGCUGCUCUCAGGAAAAAUAA